ACCAUUUUUUUUCUCUGCAUGAUCUAUUUCCCUGUUUCUUUAACUUUUGUUCUUCUUAUGCAUGGAAGAUUCAAGUUUAACUUUAAAAUUCCGUUCUCUUUUGUUAUUUAUUUUUGACACGAGCUGCUUCUAUCCUCUUCCUUGUCUUUAUUUGAUACAAGAGCUUCUGAUACAUCCUCGCAUCAAAAAUUCCAGGCACUUGUAAUACUAAAUUAUCAAUCAAAAUUGAUUUUACAUAAGAUCAGGGUGGUCUACUCUACAUAUAUUUUCCGCUAUUCUAGCAAUUAUUGAAUGGAAGUAUGAAACUGAUUUAACUAUCUUACACAUGCUUUCAAUAUUUCUUAUCAAGGAGACAAAAAUCUGUUUGAUUCCGGACAUAAAAAUGUUAUUACCAUUCGGCCAUUCAUAUAUAGCAGCUCGAUCCAUAGAAGUUCUCAAGAUGUUGAGAGUAAAACGCAUUAUGAUUCAGAUUCACAAUUUAAGAAUCAAUUAAUUAUUUAGACUUGUAGGAAGUUUAUUUUGGGGCAACCUAUAAUCGGAAGUUUAUGUAAUCCAUAUACUUUCCGAUUAUGACUACAUCCAAAACACGAACCAAAUGGUUAUGGUCGGCUCUGUAUCCUCGAAACCUAUGGAAUUUGGCAGUGGUUCGAUUUGGAUCCGCCUAUAAUCGGUAGGUAUAUAAGUAACAAACCCUAACGAUUUUGGGCUACUCAACAAUCGGUAGCUUAUGAUGUGGUAAUGCCUACCGAUUACUAACCGUUUGACAGAUAAAACCAAAGUCAACCUGAAUUCAUUUCAUUUCUUUUCAACUUCAACUUCAACUCCUCUUCUCCUCUUUCCUUCCGAUUGCAGAGAGGAAAACUCUCCCCCUCUCCUCGCUAUACAUCGUUAAUCGUCGAAUCGAAUCAUCGUCGAUUAUUCUCUAUAAAGAUGAAAGAAAAGAAACCCCAGAAACCUAAAACCAAAAACGUUUGUCGCGGUAAGGAUCCAAACAUUGGAUUGCAUGCCCGUAAUAAAGAGGUUUUAACUCACGAACCCGGAAAACGCGAAGAAGAUGCGGCCCCUGAUGUAGGCGAUACUCAAAGCCAAACUCUCCAGCAACUUGAAAUGGCGCCUAUUAGGGAUAGGCGAGGUAGAAAAGUCGAAGAUGCAAUUGUAUCAGAUAGUGCAAGGAAGCAAAGGCGUCAAAACUUGACAGCUAGUGCAAGGAGAGCUAGGACUGCUAAAGCCGCUUCAAGUGCUCAAGAUGGAACUCAACAAGCAAGUCAAGAAGGUGUUCAACCAAGUGCCCCUCAAUCAGAACCCGUUCAAGAAGGUGUUCAACCAUGUGCCUCUCAAUCACAACCAGUUCAAGAAGGUGUUCAACCAAGUGCUCCACAAUCACAAGCAGAAAUUCAACUAGAAGCACCCGAAGAUAGAGUACCAGAAGUAGGACAACCUAGUGGUGCGCAAGAAGAAGGAGAAGCCGAAAAGAAAAAUCCUCCUCGAAAGAAAGCGCAACACCUUGUCCCAAAUGAACUGAAGGUGAAGGAUAUUCCAGAAGGUGUAAUCCUUGGGCUGCCGGAGGAUGGAGGACAAUUGUUAUAUGGAUACAAAGACUCCUGGUCCAAAGAAAUAUGAAACCGAGUAUCAUUUCGAUGCGGUUCGGUUGCUCAAACCGACCGCCGCACCAAAUAAAAUGCUGGAUUGGCCUUUGAAGGAUGAAUGUGAAAGGUUCAAGACCAUUAUUGCAAAUUCAGGGUUGGCUGAUGCUGCGGAGAACUCAAUGUUGGAACAUGACCGGGUGGCUAUAUCGGCGUUUGUGGAUAUACUUUAUCCUGAGACCGACACCUUCCAUAUGCCGUUUGGGGAGAUGACGAUUACCCCAGAUGAUGUUGUGCAGAUUGUUAGACUCCCUGUCCAUGGCAAAGGUGUUAGGGCUGAGUUCACAAAGCAGUUAGAAUGGACCAAACUUUAUGAUCUAACUAAAAAGUGUUUGGGUUGGGAUGAAGAAACAUCUACAACUAAGUUCAAGAGAUGCAUGAAGUAUAGAACUAGACAGUUCAACAUUAGUACUUUGAUGGAUAUGUUCAAGGGAACCAAGGAAAAAGAAGAGAAAGGAACUUUAACCGAUGAGCAAGUCAACCACGCGGCCACCGCAUAUCUCCUAUGUGUAUUGGGAUGUGUCAUUUUCCCCAAUACCAGUGGCAAUCGGGUAGAUGCCAACCUUUUACAACUUCUGGAUCCUCUCGAGAAAGUGCAUGAGUACUCUUAGGGCACGGCAUGCCAUGCGUGGUUGAUGGAAGAGUUGAGAAAGGCGUCGAGGGUUGGAAUUAGCCAAGUGUCCAGGAACGUGAGUCUACUACAGGCAUGGAUCUAUGACCACUUCCCUAUCUUGAAAUUGGCCAUUCAAAAUCCGACGUGGAAGAAAGGCGAUUCUAGAGGAACAAAGUACGUCUUUGAUGACAACUAUUAUAGGACGAAGGAGCAGCAUCUGAUUCGUUUGAGGGAGGUUUUGGGCUCACUGACAGCCCAAGAAGUAUGCUUUGAUCCGUACAAGGAAGACCGAGCUGGUGGACAUAUCGCGGGUCGAUCCGAUUUGGCCCUUUAUUUUGGACCAUUGUGGCACCCCACAGGAUAUGUGAUGUACAAUGCCUCAAGGGUGAUGCGACAACACGGUUUUGUACAAGGUAUACCAAAGGAGGAAAUCCAUGGAAAUUUCUCUUUGGUUCUGGAGGAGUGCACGUCUGAUAAGGAUUCUAUCACGGUCGUUCACAAGAAUAAACCAUCUUGUAAAUUGCAUUGGGAUAGAAGGGUGCAUUACUUGAUCAACCUAGGAAGGCCAGCCAACAAAGGUUUUGAAAAUGCUCCCAACUAUAUGGAAUGGUACCUGAGUGUUUCUCACAUUCGUGUAAUCCGUGAUCUUAAACCAAAGCCAGCUUUGUACAAGAGUAUCCUCAAAGACAAGCCUGUGGGUUAUGAAAGAUUGAAAGGAAGGUUCAAGAGUUUGUCCAAAUGGUGCACUAAUUGCAUAAAAGCCGGAGAGCCUGUGCCACUUGAUAAGAUAAGAAAGCACCAAGAGUUGAUUGAUAACAUUGACAAUAUAGAUUAUGCAUCUCAGUUUGGGGAAAAAGCCAAGCAACCUAAAAAGAUUGUGAAAAAAAGAACUCGGGCGUCAUCGAGCACUCAAGUUGAUGAAACCAAUGAUAAUGUUGGUCCAACUCGUCGCAAAGUCAAAGGAAAGAAAUAGUAAACUCUCGAUGUUUUUCGUUCACUUUAUGGAUAACUAUGUUUAUGUCGGAUUGUGUCGUUUUCAAACAAUGUGUCGGAUUAUGUCGUUUUCAAACAAUGUGUCGGAUUUUUAGUUGUUACGUUUAUGGAUUGUGAAUGGUUC